UCUCGAGUUCUCUCGCAGCAUCAAUGUGUUUCAAAAUGGCCGACACAGAAGCGGGACUGGGAACCGGUUAUGAUGCAUCAUCAGAACAAGACUUACCACCAUCUGGAGAUGAUGAAAUGCUAAAAGAUUCCAGCCCCAGUAUGGCACAGGACAAAGAAAACACAACAGACGAUGAAGAAGGUGGACUAUGUUAUUGUGGCAAGGACCGUAACCUUGGAUCUGUAGAACUUCAAUGUGCCUCCUGCCUCAGAUUCUACCACUCAGAGUGUAUCAGUUGUUAUUUAGGCAAAUGUCUUCCAUUUAUGACAAAUUACCACUUCAUCUGCAAGAGGUGUAAUCCAAAUGGAUUGGAAAGCUUCACCAAAAAGCAAGCCAGUUUCAGCCAGAUGUGCCACACAGUUGUUGCAAACCUUACCUAUCAGAAUGCUCCAACUAGGAUAUUUUCUAAGGACACUGAAAUCAUUCCAUUCUUUGAGAAGCAUUGGGAAACUUUGACAUAUAUGGCACAAAGAAAGAAACCAACAUGGCAUAACACUAUCCACAAGACUAUGAUGAAAGAAACAGACAUUUUCCUUUGUGUAGAAGAAAGAGCGGGAGAUCCUCACUUCGGUUUGUUAAGUGAGGACCUUUCAAAAAUUGGCCCGGCAUAUGGUAAUUCUGGGGAUGCUAAAUUAUCAUCUUCAUUGAAUGACAGUAAGGGUCGCAGUGCAAAGAGGAAAGCUGCUCCAGCUGACCCUAACUGGGUUCCACCGGGAUUCAAGCAAAAGAAAGGAGAGGUCACCACAGCCACCAAACUGGCUCCUCAUGGCUACCCUUUAGAACAUCCAUUCAACAAAGAUGGCUAUCGUUACAUUCUGGCUGAGCCUGAUCCACAUGCUCCAAACAGACAAGCAUUUGAUGAGAGUGUUGAGUGGGCUGGUAAACCUAUACCAGGGUAUUUGUACAGAACGUUUUUGGGCUCACAGGUGCUCCUGGCUUUACAUGACAGAGCUCCACAGCUGAAGAUCUCAGAUGACAGAUUGACAGUUACUGGAGAGAAGGGCUAUAGCAUGGUCAGAGCUACUCACUGUGUGAACAAAGGCGGUUGGUACUUUGAAGUCAAAAUAGAUGAGAUGCCUCCAGAGACAGCAGUCAGGAUGGGGUGGUCCAUGACACUGGGAAAUCUCCAAGCCCCAUGUGGUUAUGACAAAUUCAGUUACUCCUGGAGAUCCAAGAAAGGCACCCGUUUCCAUGAGAGCAGAGGCAAACAUUACAGUGAGGGUUAUGGUGAAGGGGAUGUAGUAGGCUUCUACAUAUAUCUACCAUGGCCUACAAAACCUGGAAAAUUACUUCCAGCCACAUAUAAAGACAGGCCCUUGGUGAAGUUUAAAAGCCAUCUUUACUACGAGGAGAAGGACAAUGUACAAGACACUGAGAAGAAUCUAAAGCCAGCAGUUGGAAGCAAGUUGAUAAUGUUCAAGAAUGGAAUCAGUCAGGGGGUGGCAUGGACGGAUAUACAUGAAGCCAGCUACUACCCGUGUAUUUCCUUGUACAAGAAUGCUACAGUUACCCUAAACUUUGGUCCAGAUUUUAAAUACCCACCCAAGGAUUUGGAGAACUUCCAACCAAUCUCAGCAGCAGCAGAGGAUGCAGUCAUAGAAAAUACACUCUCAGAAAUUCUUUACCAUGUAGAAAAUGAAGGCAAGCACCCGGACUUUUUGUAGUAAAAGACAUGAACAAAACAAAUGCAGCCAUCAAGACUUUUUGUAGUCAGUUGAAAAUGAAGAUUACAUAUUCCUGUAGGCACUUUUGCACACGUCAUUGGUAUUGGACAUUUCAGUGAAUUCAGGGUUAAAUUGUGACAUUAGUUUAAUCAAGCUGCAAAUCUCCACUAAGUCAUGUCAAGUUUGUAUAAUUUGAAAGAAAGUGGUGACAAUCAAAAUCUGUUUAUUGCAACAGAUAACAUAUGAUAAGGUAUACUUGAAUAUUACAUUAAAAAUAAUGCUGAAUUGUAAACAAUAUCUUAAAACUUAAACAUGAAAACCAUUUUAAUAAUAUAUUGCAAGUUUGGUAUAUCAGGAUCAAAAUUAUCAUUCCAAAUAUGUUACAAAAUUUUAGUUCACAUUUUGCUGUAUUUUAGAAAGACUAGACAAGAAGACCAAAUUCUGAAUUGGUGACAUGAUAUAUGUUCAGUCUCUCUUUUAAGAUAGUUCUGAAUAGCCACAUUUUAUUGUACUAGACCUACCCAACUACCAGACUCGGCACCAAAGGGUCCAAAAUUCACCAUUAGAUCGGAUAAUGCUAUCCGUUUUCAUGGUGUGUAUCAGUAUGCACUUCGAAGUAUCAGACACGACACCAUCUUGCCUGGUACACAAUGUGAUAGCGAUGAUUCUGAGUGGGAUUGGAAAGUAGUGCGUCUCAUCAAGAUUCAUGCACUUCUGCUAUUUUUCCCUGUUUUAUGUAAUAAAUCAAACAAUACCGUGACUUUUUAACAUUAAGUUUAGGUUUGGACAUAACCAACUAUGUUAUGCAGUUUUUCUUGUGAAAAUACAUAUAGAUGUGUAUAUUCUCACUUAGCUAGAAAUUCAUCAUAACAAUUUUAACAUAUAAUCAUUUGUUUUAGCUAGAAAUUCGUCAGAACAAUUUUAACAUAUAAUCAUUUGCUUUACUGUUAAAAAAAUAAAUCAGACGUUACCCGUUAAAAUGAUUUGAUUUUUUUCAUCGGCUACACCUGUCAUAUCGUUGUAUUCUUACGACUCUUAUUUGAGGAAAAUGAGGGUAUGAUACUGUGAAAUGCGUACUGAUAUGCACCUUGAAAACAGGUAGUGUGAUCCGAUCUACUGGUGAAUUCAGGAUCAUUCAGUGCUGAGUCUGGUAUUUGGGUAGGCCUGUGUACUUACAACCCAUUUUUAGAGGAUAACAAAGUGAUAACAGGACUUCAUUGUUGAAGUCAAGUGUUCACUGACUUUUUAACUUUAAAAAAAUAUGAAGUUGAAACUAAAAUAGUUGAAGUUGGAAAACUUUUGUUUUUAACUUUAAAAAAACUGUAAAUAGUAAAUAUGGAGUUAAAACUAAAAUAGCUGAAGUUGGAAAAUUUUUGAAGGCAAUCUUGCUGUCUUACAAGAAAAAGAUUUGAACCUAAUAGUACCUGUGGAAGGUUGUAUUGGCCUCAGUUUGCAAAAUAUUAGAAGGUUAAUUCUAUGUUCUGUAGACCUGCUUGGCUGUACAACAGGUAAAAAUGGCAUAUUUGGUCCUUAGUUAAACACUAUGAGUACAUUUCAUGAAGACAUGUACCUCAAUUGUAUGGGAUGCUCUCAUCCUACAUUGUAAAAUAAAUAUAUUACUUUUUUUUUCAGUUCUUUAUUAUAAAACCUGUUAUAUUCUGUCACAAAAUUUUGUUUCUUUUAUACCAAUAAACAGUUGCUUUGGUGA